AUGGAGUUCAAUGACAAAUCUAAUACUAAUUUUGAUGAUUUCUCAAGUAGCUUGUUGAGUACUUCAGGAAGCUAUGCCCCAUCUCAGAAAUUUGUUGAUCCAGCCAAUGAGUCUAAUGAUUUGGAGUUAUUUUUGCACCCACCAAACUCCACGAAUUAUUACCCUCCUGUUUCAAGCACUUCUAAUGAUGAAGGACAUUUUACAUCGAACACCUCCUAUUCGAGUUCGAGUAAAACAUAUGCUCCCCAAUUCUGCGAGGUCAGUAGCAAUGUGACACCAGAUUGGUAUGGAAUCAGUGUGGCAGACUCUUCCAGAAGCAGUUGGGUCAACUCAGAUAUAACCAUCAACUACAUAAAUAAGUUGUUGAUGCAGGAGGACAAUGAUGACAAGGUAAAAUUACAUCAUGGAGAGUAUGCCCUUAGAGCUAUGGAAGAGCCUUUCUAUAAACUUCUGGGGCAAAGUAGACCAGCUUAUCCUCUAUUACCACUAUGUAGCAGUGAUCAUCUGAAUAACCUCGACGGCUGCAUGAACAAGUCUUCCGGGCAGUCAUCCAGUAGCUGCUCUGCUUACAUGGACCCAACUAAUAAUCAUUCUAAUGACAACCUGCAAGCCGUUGAAGCUCCAUGGAGUCUGUCUGACAUUGUCAAAGAGACAAAACAUUUCGCUCAAGGGACGCACAGCAUGGAGCGUGGUUUGGACGUUGAUGGGCUUUCCGUUGCUGAAGAGCGUAGCCGAGAAAAACCGGUGAAUGUCGCAGACAAAAGAAUGGACGUAUCAUCUGAGGUUCAGUGUCAAAAUGAUCCACACACUGAAGAUUUUUGUUUGUUAGAAGGAAGGAGUACAAAGCAGUUGGCUAUUUCAUUCAACGGGCCAACCCGAGAUGAGAUGUUUGACAGGGUUCUACUCUUCUCGGAGCAUAAGCCUAUGGACGAAGGUAUUGUUCUGGGAGAAAAGAGGACAAACAAAUCAGCACAUCAGAAUGAUCAAGGAAGAGCAUCAUCAGCUCGGCGGAGGACAAAGGGUAAGAAGCAACAAAAGAAAGAGGUGGUAGAUCUGAGAACCCUUCUUAUCCACUGUGCACAAGCAGUAUCUGUCAGUAACUACACCUUAGCAAGUGACAUACUGAGCAUCAUAAGGAAAAACUGCUCAAUAAGUGGCGAUGAUACCGAGAGGCUAGCAUCUUGCCUAGUGGACUGCCUUGAGGCUCGAUUGGAUGGAACUGGGAGUCAGCUGUAUCAGAAGUUGAUCACAAAAUUCAGAAAUGCUAUGGGAUUUUUAAAGGUAUUCCAAUUAAGUUUAGCAAUAAACCCUUUCCAGAUGGCAACAUAUCAUUUCUCAAAUAAGACAAUCCUUGAAGUCACAAAGGGAAAGCCAAAGGUGCACAUUAUUGAUUUUGGCAUUUUCUUGGGUUUUCAAUGGCCAUCAUUGUUUGAGCAACUCGCAAAGAGGGAAGAUGGGCCUCCUAAGGUUCGGAUCACAGGUAUUGAGAAACCCCAGCCAGGAUUUCGACCAGAUCAAAUGAAUAAGAACACGGGACAUCUGUUAGCUGAGUAUGCUAGCAUGUUCAAUGUGCCUUUUGAAUAUCAAGUAAUAUCAUCAAAAUGGGAAACCAUCCAUGUCGAAGAUUUCCACAUUGAGGAAGAUGACGUGCUGAUAGUCAACUGCCUAUACCGAAUGGAGCAACUCGGUGAUGAGACGGUAUCCAUUAACAGUGCCAGGAAUAAGGUUCUCAGUACCAUUAGAAUGACGAAGCCAAAAGUUUUUGUUCAUGGAGUGGUUAAUGGAUCAUACAGCGCCCCCUUCUUUCUAACACGUUUUAAAGAAGUCAUGUACCACUACUCUGCAUUGUUUGAUAUCCUUGAUAAAACUGUCCCACGAGAUAAUGAGGCAAGAAUGAUCUUAGAGAGGGAUGUCUAUCUAUGUUCAAUUCUCAAUGUCAUUGCAUGCGAAGGAUCAGACAGGAUUGAGAGACCAGAGAGUUAUAAGAAAUGGAAGUCACGAAACCUGAAGGCAGGCCUUGAGCAGCUCCCACUGAAUCCAGACAUUGUGAAAGUAACAAGAGACGUCGUCGGACAAUAUCACAAAGAUUAUGUUGUUGGCGAAGAUGAUCAAUGGUUACUACUAGGAUGGAAGGGAAGGAUACUGAAAGCAAUAUCCACAUGGAAACCUAAUGAGUCGUACGAAACCUAA